CCUCGACAAUUUUCGAAAAAUGCAUUAAAUGCAAGAUUUCUAUAAAAAGCAAUAAAUUCCUACGCUUACUCUUUGUAAGUUGGACUCUUCAACAAAAAUAACAACAAGAACACUGAUAACCUCUUUAUCGCCUAAAAUUGGAAUGUAAAAUAGACGACAAUAAUAAUAUUAAGCAGAAUACACUUUAACAAAAUUUGUCACCAUUUACGGACUUAUUAAAAUGACUCUAACAACAACCACUAGUAUUUUGAUUUCUGUGUUAGUCUUUAGUGUUUCCAACGCUUUAUUUGAAGGGGACGACUGUGUAAUGCUAGAUCCUGAUGGCCGUGCUGGAAAAUGUAUAAGUCUUCGCAAAUGUCAUUUCGCUAGAGAACGUUUCCAAAUACUAAAAAUUCGUCCACAAAAUUGUGGUUUCAUACGAAAAACGCCUUUGGUAUGUUGUCCGAAAUCUACCAUACCAGUUUUAUCGAACUUUUCCAGAAGCGAAGACAAAUGUCGAGAAUACCAUGACUUGAGACUCCAAGGUAAGACGAUUGCUUUUGGUGAAAAGGCCCAAGCUAGAGAGUUUCCUCACAUGGCCGCUCUUGGUUACGGCAGUCGUAAAUCGGACGUUUUGUGGUUGUGUGGAGGCACCCUCAUUAGUGAACGCUUCGUUCUUACCGCGGCACAUUGCAUUGACAAUAUAGAAUAUGGUGACCCAAAAUGGGUACGAGUCGGAGAUUUGGACUUGAACGAUGGCAACGAUGAUGCUGAUCCUCAGGAUAUAGACGUCGGUACAAUUUUUGCACACCCUGAAUAUAAACCACCGUCGCAUUAUAACGACAUUGCUUUAAUUAAACUUCGAACUUCCGCAAAAUUUGGGAAGUAUGUGGCUCCGGCAUGCAUCCACACCAAAAGGAGUCUGCCUUCCGUUCCCUUGGAGGCAAUCGGUUGGGGUACAACUGACUUUUACGGUGACGCUAGUCCACACUUGCUCAAAGUUUUUUUAAAUGUUAUUGAGCCAAAAGAAUGUAAGAGAAUUUAUUCUAAUACAGUUGGGAGGAGGUUGUCGAAGGGUAUAUUAGAUGAAUCUCAAGUUUGCGCUGGCGAUUUGUCUGGGAAAGAUACUUGUCCGGGUGAUUCUGGUGGGCCAUUACAUUUUUUGGAUUCAGGAUCUCCACAGUUAAAAAAUCAUUUUGUUGUUGUUGGAGUAACUUCGUUUGGAAAAGGUUGUGGAUUUGAAAAUAGUGCUGGAGUUUACACUAGAGUGUCUAAUUACCAGUCUUGGAUAGAAAACACUGUAUGGCCUAUACAGUAAUUUCAACAAUAGGUACUCAUAUCAAAACUGACAACGGUGAACUAAUAUGGUAACAUUGGUGCCAAUAAUUCGGAAUUGCCAACCCGAAAAAAACCAGAAUUAAAUUUGAAAAUAAGAAAUAAGAAGGCUUUGGAAACAAAAGAUAUAAAAGACAUAGUGGACAUAAUAGCGCAAACAUAUCAUGGGACAAAUCGUUGAUUUUUUUUAAUAAAUGUCACUGUCAUUUGCAAAAAUUGAGGUGAAACUAAUUAAAAUACGCCCUACGUCUUUCAAA